AUGUCGGACGGAAGUGUCGAGCGAGGAACCAAGCGUGUUGAGGAUUCGUUGGCUACUCACCAACUGACCGUUCAAUACAAGCGUUAUUACAUCGAUGUCAACGAGAACACUCGUGGUCGUUACAUCAAAAUCGCCGAGUUGGGUGCAAACUACAAGAGCCGUAUUAUUUUGAGCAUCCCUGCUGCUAAAGCUGUCGUCAAUGAGGUUUCGAAAAUGCUUCCUCUUCUCGAGGAGCCAUCGACCGGAGAACAUGCUCCAAAGGAGAGUUCACUGAUCAAGUCAGAAACACUCAACGUCGACGGACGCAAGUUCUUCAUCGAUCUCAAGGAGAACGAUCGUGGACGCUUCUUGCGCAUUGCUCAAAUGCCAACGAACCCACGACAAACCCGUCAGCAGAUUGCUGUUCCGGCUGAUGGUGUUGAGGAGGUAUACAAAGUUCUAUCUGACUAUUUGGUCAAGUUCGGAGAAGGCCACGACCAAGAGAACACCAACACGCCAAAAGUCACUGCUGAGAACAAAUCGUUCCUUUUCCACUAUGGAAAGAACGACCGCGGAGAGUUCGUUCGUAUCUCUGAGAUCAAGCUCAACAGCGGCUAUCGCAAUGCGAUUACAGUUCCAAUGUCUGCUCUCGUCGAUUUCCGCAAGGAGUUGGACAGCAUCAUCGCCAAUCAAGGAAAAAAUUAA